AACCACACCAUUUUUAGGGUCCGAUCCAAUCCCCUCUCACCAAACUGUUCUCGCAGCAUCACCGUCCGAUCCAUUUCGCUCUCUCAAUCUCAACCGUCCACAGCAUGCCCCAUUCAUUCAUCUACCCUUUCCUCACCGCACCCUAGUUACUAAUUACUCCAACCAAGUUCAGAUCUUUUUCUGAUUUUCACUCACACCCAUGAUGGAAGAUCGCAACCUCAGAAGAACCCGUGUUCUCGACGUUGUUCUCGACUGUGUUAUACCUUACAUACACGACCCAAAGGACCGUGACGCCGUUUCUCAGGUUUGUCGAAGGUGGCACGAGCUUGACUCGUUGACAAGAAAGCAUGUCACUAUUGCUCUCUGCUACACCACCACGCCGGCGCGUCUACGUCACCGCUUCCCUCACUUGGAGUCUUUGAAGCUUAAGGGCAAACCCCGAGCUGCAAUGUUCAACUUGAUACCUGAGGAUUGGGGUGGUCACGUCACCCCUUGGGUUAAAGAGAUUUCGCAGUAUUUUGAUUGUCUUAAAAGUCUUCAUUUUCGCCGUAUGAUUGUCAAAGAUUCUGAUCUUGAGCUUCUUGCUUCUUCCCGUGGUCACGUGCUUCAAGGUCUUAAGCUUGAUAAGUGCUCUGGUUUUUCCACUGAUGGACUUUAUUAUAUUGGUCGCUCUUGCAGGAAUUUAAAGGUCUUGCUUUUGGAGGAAAGCACGAUUCUUGAGAACGAUGGUGAAUGGCUACAUGAGCUUGCUUUGAAUAAUACAGCUCUAGAGACCUUGAAUUUUUACUUGACAGAUAUUGCCGAUAUCAAAAUUCAGGACCUUGAACUUUUAGCCAGAAAUUGCCCCAACUUAGUGUCUGUGAAACUUACUGAUUGUGAAAUAUUAGAUCUCGUGAACUUCUUCCGGUAUGCCUCUUCUCUGGAAGAGUUUUGUGGAGGCACUUACAAUGAGGAACCAGAAAGAUACUCUGCUGUAUCAUUACCAGCAAGGCUAUGUCAACUGGGCUUAACGUAUAUUGGAAAGAACGAGUUGCCAAUAGUGUUUAUGUUUGCGGCUGGACUAAAAAAGUUGGAUCUCCUCUAUGCCAUGCUGGAUACAGAGGAUCAUUGUAUGUUAAUCCAAAGGUGCCCAAAUCUUGAAGUCCUUGAGUCAAGGAAUGUAAUUGGAGAUAGGGGGUUGGAAGUUCUUGGCCGCUGUUGUAGGAGGCUGAAAAGGCUUAGGAUUGAACGAGGUGAUGAUGAUCAAGGAAUGGAGGAUGAAGAAGGUACUGUUUCCCAUAGAGGACUAAUUGCUUUGUCACAGGGCUGUCCAGAGCUUGAAUACUUGGCUGUUUAUGUGUCCGAUAUCACAAAUGCAUCUUUGGAGCACAUUGGAACUCACUUGAAAAACCUCUGUGAUUUUCGCCUUGUCUUGCUUGAUCAUGAAGAGAAAAUAACUGAUUUGCCACUUGACAAUGGAGUCCGAGCUCUGCUGAGGGGCUGUGACAAGCUUAGAAGAUUUGCUCUAUAUCUCAGGCGUGGAGGCUUAACUGAUGUUGGUCUUGGUUACAUUGGACAGUACAGUCCAAAUGUGAGGUGGAUGCUGCUUGGUUAUGUGGGGGAAUCUGAUGCAGGGCUUUUGGAGUUCUCAAAGGGUUGUCCUAGUCUUCAAAAACUUGAGAUGAGAGGGUGUUCUUUUUUCAGUGAGCAUGCAUUAGCUAUUGCUGCAACACAGUUAACUUCUCUUAGGUACUUGUGGGUGCAAGGGUAUGGUGCAUCUCCUUCUGGACGUGAUCUUUUGGCAAUGGCUCGCCCCUUUUGGAACAUUGAGUUGAUUCCUUCCAGGAAAGUGGCCAACAAUCAUGAUGAUCAACCAAUAGAGCAUCCAGCUCAUAUUCUUGCAUACUACUCUCUUGCAGGCCAAAGAUCUGAUUUUCCAGAUACUGUUGUGCCUUUGAAUCCUGCCAUGUGUCUCGACGUCUAGACUUGUGUAUAUACCAAUUUGUUUUUGUUUUUGUUUUUUCAUUUUCUACCCCCCCCCCCUCCUUUUUCUAAUCUUGUUUCUAAGUUCCUGCUGAAUAUGUAGUUCAGGGUCUUCAUUUUUCUCUGUUAAUUCCCUAGACAUAUAUAGUCUUGUAAUAAGCUUGUGGUUUCAUUUGUAAUUCAGAAACGCUUCCACUAACUCACGCAUUUUGUUCCCUUAAAAACUGAAGAUUCUCAAUUUUGUGAAUAAACAUCAGAGUUGUUUUUCCCUU